CAGCUGAUAACACACAACAAUAACAAGAGCAGACGAACACUCACGCAAGCAUCACACGCACGCACGCAACCCACGCUAAAAACUAAUCCACUUCGAAGCAUUUAUAGUCGUUUCUUGUCCUUCUGAAACCCACAUUAAGAAGGAGCGAGUUUUUUCGUCCCAAGACACUCACCUAGUCACGGGGCAACAGCAGUGAACAAGGAUGGAGACUGAGACGGCUCUGCUCUGGGGGUUUCUAAUACUGAUUGUACUUGCCGUUGCAACAGUUAUUGGUCUCCUUGUCCAUUCUGGACUCUUCAUCCCUGUUGAAGUGAAAGCUUGCAAACCUGACAUUGGUGAGGUCCAUAUUGCCUACAAAUUUGCCCGUGGUCCAUACAAAGAAUCAGGAGCAUUAUUCACCCAAGUUCAUACACUUCUACCUGAGUAUCGUACCAUUGGAGUUUACUAUGACGACCCCAAGAUGAGGCAGUCACACAAGCUACGCUACAUUGUGGGUGUCAUCCUCUCGGAAAAUGGCAGCAAUGUGGUACCUGAGCAUCGUGAGCUAUUGGAAGAGCAUGGUUACCAGUUUGCUACAUUCCCAGCCAUUGAUCAUGCAGUCCAAACAACCUUCCCAUUCACCAGUACCAUUUCCAUCAUUGUGGCCAUCAUGAAAGUGUAUCCUGCUCUCCGUGAAUACGUUGAAAUGCGUAGUUUAUGUGCUCGUCCAUUCCUAGAGGUAUAUGACAAUGAGAAGUCAGAGAUCAUCUUCAUUGGCCCCCUUGCUCGCCAAGAUGACUUCUAUGUGCCUGAGGUGCAGCAGGAGGAAGAUGAUGAUCAUCGGGAUGAAUAUGACGACGACCGCACAGAAAAUUCCAGCCGUUCCUGGGACGAGUCGGCCUCCUUUGUCAGAGGUGGCGAACUGAAUGAUUCUGAGUGUUCAGAAAGUGUGGGUGAUGAUAGCUCCAGUUACCCUCCACCCCCAUCAGAAGUCCAUACUGACCCAUCCACAUUCCCUUCACAUUCUGUCCCCUCGCAGCCAGAGGAGCCUGCUGAGAGCCCUUCUGCUGUAGCUACUGAUGCUGCUGAUGCACUUGAAGCUGCUGCUGAUGCAGACUCAGGGUCUCUUGGUGGAGAAGAGAGUGAUGCCAAUACUGGUUCAUCAUUUGAGGAAAUUGAUGAGAGAGAGGCACCAGUCAUCCCAGAAGUAAGCGGCACAGCUGAAAGGCGAGAAGCCAGUUUGAAGAAAGAUGAAGAUGAAGGGGAGCGAUAGGGGGUUGUUGAUUUGGAAAGGUGGAGAGGGAGAAUGAUUGGAGGAUCAGAUGUGCUCCCACCCACCCAGAAUAGUGAUAAGUAUGAAGAUGAUAGAACACAGGCAGCAUGCUUUUGAAAUUACCACAAUUGGAAAUGAAUAUACUGUACAGUAUCUAAAAUUUAGUCAUCAUGUCCUCUGAAACCAUACAGUUAGCUACUCCUGGCAUUCAAAUAUAGUCUUGCACCACAGUUAUGAACUCUGCACUAGUCGUCUGGUACCACCAGUUUAGACAAACUUAUAAUGUAGGUGUAUAUGACAAGUUACACCAAUACGAGCAAUACUUAGUAUCCAAACAUAUCCACAUACUGUAAUACCAUUAGUACUAAUGUAGAGCUUAACAUGAAAAUUAGGGCUAUGUUCUAGAGCUUCAGAUCACUCUUGUUACCCCAAACCUUUUGUUACCAUCUGCACUCAGCACAAAAUGUGCCAUCAAUGGCAUAAAGGGUUUUUACUCAGAAUACCUUAAAGCAAUAAUAAGUACAGUACUAGACAAAUUAGAGAUGCAUUUUAAAUAUGGCUCUGAGCUGAAAAAUAAAUCAUGCAUGUGUGAAUAUUAAUAAUGUAAUAGGAAUUUAAGUUGCGAAUGUAAGUUGGAAGUAGCUAAAUUGAAUGGUGAAAACAGGCAAAAACAAGGUCACAUUUAAGAGAGGUACAGUAGUGUGUUCUUUCUUUUAGUGAUAGAAGUAGAUACGUACUGUACUUCAUCAUAUUGCGAUUAAUGUAUCUGAUAAGAUAUAUAUGUGUGGAAUGCACCUAAUAUCCUUUACACUAGCCAAUUAGCAUGGAUCCUUAAAUAUUGGAAAAUGUAUUGUGUGUGUGUGUGUGUUACAGGCUAUUUGCUCAUAAAAUUUGUGGUGGUAGUAUGGGUGUGGAGAGAGCUGCACUGCUAAUUUAGUUGCCCAGUGGAGAGGUGAUGACGUCAGCAUUUCAUCAUGCAGCCCAAGAGUCACUGAAGCGUCUACAUAUAUGUCAGCAGCUACUUAUGGUAAGCUUUUAUUUACUUAACAUUAUUUGUCAUUUCUUUUGAUCCGCACAUAGUCUUGGAUUCCAAAAUCAGUCGGUAGUUCACUGGUCAGUCAUUAGGAAAAAUGUAUAAAUUCCAAUAUAUUUUCUGACAUAAUCUGUGUAUGAUUCAAUUUCUUUUUUACAUAUAGAUACCAUUUUUUUUAUACCCCAAUAAUAUUGUAUAACAAAUAACUUGUUACUCACAAAAUAUAUAUUGUAGUUAGGCUACCACAUAUUCUAGUAUAAUGGGAUAUCGAGCAUUUUGACUCAGUGAAUGAUGUACAAAAAGACAGUGGCUUGAUUUUUUACAUAUGAAGAAUUGUAGCAGUAAGUUUUAAAGAGGAAUUUUUACUUGUCCAUUGAUCAUGGCAAUUACAGUAUGUAUUUCCAUGGUUAAACUUUAUGUAGAAUUCCAAUGUUUCAUGCACUGCAAGAUUUUAAGUUUCUUUAAUUUACUCCCGAGUAUAUUAAAAAUUACUACGUACUAAUGAAUAUAAAUAAGCUGGUAGGUGUAAUUAUUUGCAAAAUUUAAAGCAAACCUCAUUAUUUUAUACAUGUUGGAUGCACACUUCCAUACCCUGUAAUUAUCGUCUGUGGAUGUACAUUAUGUGUGCAUGCAUGCAUGUAUGGCUUACAUACAUGCAUAUACUGUGUACAUACAUACAUUUAUACAUAAGUACGUAGUGUCACUUCCAAAAUCCAGAUCUUAGCAGUCUGGAUCCGAUCCAAUUUUGUGUGUUUGUGUGUGUGAAAUCCAAAAUUUCUAAAAUUUGCAUUUUUUUGCCUAUCAACAAAUUUUGCAUAUACAAGUACUGUACAUACAAAACUUGAAGUUCGCAAUUCCCAUGAUUAAUGUCAUUCUCUCGGCUACAGAUUGUAACUUGUUUCUUCACUAAAAACCAGAAAUCGCACUAAGACCAAUGUUAUACUGCUCUGCCAGCUGCUUUCAUCCCCAGCUACAGUCACAUUUUUUUUCAAAUAUAACUCUGCUGCAGUAUUAUAUGGUAAGAAAGUUCCUCUUAUCCUUGUAUGAUGUACCCAUUCUUUUAAGACGUAUCAUGGCUACACUGUGCAAAUAAUAAUGCAUAGGAAGAAAAAUGAGUGAAAACACUCGAGUAAUGAAAGGGUUAGACCACAGUCACGCAUGAGAAAUAUGCGCAGCUAGCUCUCGUGCAUAUAUGCAUGGCUUAACAGUAGAUCUGGGUACCUUAGAGAGAGAAAGUCACGUAAAUACAGUGUAAAUUUGUUUGUACAAUUUGUAGUACAGUGCAUAUGUAGUGAUAUAUUUCUAAAAUAUAAAUGCAUCGUUUUGAAAAACAUUGUAAAAUAUGACCAUCAAAUUUGUGUGUUAAACCAACAUUGCCAUUUUUUUUUUUUUAUGUAAAUUUCAUAAGAGGAAAUUCAGUGGGUGGCCUUGGUCCAUUAUUUAGAAAGAACUGUUAUAGUGAGGUCUGGAUUUGGGAAGGUGCACUCUACAUAAAAUAUGUAUACAUACAUGCUGACAUAAUGCAUAGGUAUGUAUGUUCUUGCAUGAUGCUCAAAUUUCUACAUAUAUUUCAGAAAUAAUAAUGUUUGGUGGUGAAUUUUAAUGACAUUUUGUUGAAUAAUUUCAACUGAUAUCUUCAAUAAACAUCUUUAUUAGUGAAUAAAUAAUGAGGUCAUGUGAUAGGAUUAAAUCUGCAUAUCUGAAUUCCUCGGCGCCCACACUACCAACAAGACUGUUAUGACUCGGUAGUGCGUAUGCCCGAGGCUUUCAGGCAUGCAUCUUUUAUCCCAUUGUACAACUUCAAUAUUUAUAAAUAGGUUCAUAACAUUCUUGUGGUUUAAUUGUGUAUUGUUUUGGAAUGAAAAUUUGGUUAACAGAUGGAUUUAACUUAGAUUGAAUAUAAUUACUUACAUAUCUGUAAAUGUAACAGUUAUUCUUAUCUUGAAAGUGUGUGUCAGUUAGUUUCCAUCAUUUGGUUAACAUAUCUGAAUUUUUGAAUUCACAAAUAACCAACAAAUUACUGUAAUUAGAAAUCUUUUAAUUGGUUUAAUCAUGUCUCGAUUGAAGUAGUUUCCUCUCAUUUGUAUAUAAAUUUAAUGUACAGUAUACGUAAUACACAAGACUCAGGCUGGUCCUAGCUAGGAAAAUGAAACGUAAAUUAUGUAAGAUUGCAUUUAUAAAUUUGUACUUGCAUUUGUAAUUUUUGUUCUGUGGAAUGCUCAGAUUAUAAGUUGUAUCGUAGCAUUUAUUUAUUUUUAUUUGUUUGUUUUAAAAAAAAUUUGGUGAUUUUUUAGAUUUUGUCAAGUCUCUGUUUUUGUAUUAGUAUCCUGAAGGAUAUUUAGGACUGCUUAGAUAUUUUCUGCGACAGAUAGUGUUAUGUAGCCAUCCUGGGUUAGCUUUUUCUUCGGUACUUACAGUACUUUAUAUAUUUCACAUAAAUUAUUAUACAGUAUAUGUAAUAAUAACAACAAAUUAUAAGAGGUUAUUUUCAAUUUGUCUCUUUGGCACACGGGAAAAUUAAAGUUUUUUUACAAUUUGAAUUGAUUUUAUUUACUACAGUAAUGUUAUUUUUAGGAUUUUCCAGUUCAUGAACAUUGCUUUUUAGUGAAAUGUAGCAAUAUUUUCUGUUAAUAUCCCAACCCACAUGUAUGAAAAGAAAGGAAAGAGACAACAUUUUGGUCUGUCCUGGUUCAGGAUGGACUGAAAUGUCAUCACUUUCAUUUCUUUUCAUAUGUGCACGGAUUGGGUUAAGUUUCAGCCUCAUUAUUAUGACUUAUUUGUUGGAUUUUUUGUUAACUUUCAUUUUAGCAUGAACGUUAAUACAAUUUGUUCAAAUUCUGAUGAAUUUUAGUACAGCAAAUGAUGGCAGCAAUUUUAUUUGUAAUGAGUACCUAAUCAUGUUUACUCGGCUUGGGCAUAGUCAAUGUAUCACUGAUGUGACCUUUUUGAAUAAGGAUAAAUCCUUGUUAAUGAUUAAUGCGAUGCUAUUCUUUGCUCUUUGUACAGUCAGAUGCUAUUUGGAUGAUAUAGAUUUUGGAAGCUUAGUCAAGAACUUUCGUUUGUUCCAGAUACAAUCAAAGAUUUGUCUUUGAAAUUAAAUUUGUGUGGUAUUUAGUGGUUCAAAUGAGCUUUAAGCAUGAGCAAAAUAUUCACCAAAAUAACUUGUAUUUUUAUAUAUCACUCCUUAAGAAUGAGUUCUUGGUUCCCCAAAGGUUAUGUACAUUUAUUUUAUAAAUGCCUAACAUUAUUUUCAUUAUAAGAUAUGACCACUGUAUAAAUGCCCCCUACUGCAGUUUAUUAGUAUAGUUUUCCGGAAUUAUAUUUGAAAAGAAGAAAAGCAAUAUUUCAAAAUACUGUACGAGUAUACUAGAUGUUCACAUGAUUGCUCUGUUGGAGAUGUUUCCAGAAAUUUUUUCCUUUGAAUCCUACAAAAAUUAUUCCAUGUAAUUUUGUAAAGCUUUAAAUUUAUCUUGUUGUCUCAAUUUAAACUUUUGAGAUAUGAUUGCUGUACAAAUAACACAAUCCAGUUUCAUGUGUGUGGGUUGGGUUUCUUGUUUUCAGCCGCAUGAUUGAGACUACGUCUGCAAAUCAUUUACCAAAGUUUCUUGGAUAUGCAGUACUGUAAUUAUGAUGUUGAUAAAAUAGCACAUUUUAUCAUAUAAACAUUGUUCUUCAGUUAUACUUGCCAACUAGAUUCUUUAACCAGUUGAUCUUACUAUAUAGGAAUCUUUCCUGAUGGGUUUCCUUGGUAGGUCCCUGAGAUUAGGGAGCCACCAAGGAGACCCGAUGGAUAGACGUUUCAUUACAUUUAACGCUGCAUUUUUAGUGUUUAUUUUAAUUGGACUGUGUUUACAUAUACCAGUUUUCUUGGAUUAGUUUAUUGUGUAUGUGAAAAUAUAAGGCAUUUAUUAAAAUAUUUACUGUAUGGAAAGAAAUGUGCGAGAGAUGCAGAUGAUGUAAAAGUUUCCAUUUGCUAAAUAUAGUAUCUGAUUAAUAUUAUUACUGUAUAUUCUUUUGUUGGAAUAAUGAGAUUUUUGUUAAAAAGAAUCUAGUGGAGACAUACAGCACUUGAACAUAUGUAAUAUGUAAUUAAAUAUUUAAUAUAUCCUGUACCAUCAGUACAGUACAUAGUUAUUUUUGUUGCACCUUCUUGUAUGGUAUAGUAUAUACAGUACCUUUUUUCAAGUUCUGUAAUAUGUAACAAUGUUUACUCGUAUUUGGAUUUCAUAACAUAGAAUUGAUAAAAAUAGUCCACAUGUAAUUGUUUUUAUAUUUGUUACUGAUGUUGAAAUGAAGAUUUGUUUUUGGAAACCAUUUAAACAUUGUAGAGAUUGUUCCUUUGUCAAUAAUUAAGCCACAGGAGACACUGGGUACAAUUUUACGUAUAAACCUUUUAAGGGCUCGGAGAAAGGUGUUAGGAGGAGAUUGUGUUUUGCUCAAAGUUGUGAAUAUGUGAAGCCAUUUGCAGUUUUAAUUAACAAAUCUUUCUCCAGACAUUGCUAUAUAAAGAUAGUGUGUGUGUUGCACGUAACUAAAUGCCAAAAAUUAUAGCAUAUAUUUCAUCCAAGGAAAUAUCAGCUGCAUUAGUAUUGGCAUAAUAACAAAAAUGUUCAAUUAUUAAUUGUGAUAUACAUUUUAAACAAUUUACAUAUUAAUUUCAGUGAAGGUCUGUAGUCUGUUAACUUAAAAACUUGAAUCUACAAUAUAUUUUUAUCUUUUACUAACAACCAAGUGAAAUCUAUUUUGAAGGCAUAAUUAUGAAACUAAAAUUCACUACUUUAGCUUAAUGUUAUGUUUUCAUCUAGUUGAGGUGUCAUUAUACUGUAUUAGACAUAUAUUAAUGAGUUUGGGUGGGUAUAAAUAGGAGCUGCCUCAUAUGGGCCAAUAGGCCUUCUGCAGGUUCCUUUAUUUUGUUUUUACAUGUAUACUGAAGAAGAAAUAUGUAAAGCAUUUUGGAUGCUUUGGUAGUACAUAUAUAAUUCUUUAUGCUUCUUCUAAACUGUGGUUCAUAUCGUUUGUUUGUAGUACUCAUUAAAAUUAUACUUGCCAA